CUUUUACCAAACCACGCCCAUGCUUACUGUACGGCCAAUAUGAAAUGGCUUUAAAAAACUUGAACGACAAGGAAGUAAAGGUGCUACCACCCGGUGUACCGUCGUAACGUCAACAUGGCAAGCAGCGAUAAGGAGAUAUCCUAUGCUGAUUUCAAAGCUCUCUUGGCGAAGGGUUCAGGGCUUGUUGUGGAUGUCCGCAAUAAAGAUGAGGUAGAUAGAGGGCGUAUUCCUGGCUCCAUCCAUAUCCCAGUGGGAAAUGUAGAAAGUGACAUGUCCCUGGACGCAUCUGAAUUCCAGUCUAAGUUUGGCGUAGAUAAGCCAUCUCUGGACAGCUCUGAACUGGUUUUCCACUGUCAGAUGGGAAGACGCGGAGAUGUUGCCACAGAGAAAGCCAGAAGCCUGGGCUUCAAGAAUGCCCGUAAUUACGCUGGAGGCUACAAGGAAUGGUCAGAAAAAGGCGGCAAGUGACAAUCCUCAGAACUCCUGGAACUCUGAACAUUCCAGCUUCAAUCAGGGACCUUUUUCACUUAUACGCAUUAAUGCUAAUCAUCUACACGUGCGUUUUUAAUAAAGUCUUAUGUUUAUAAAAAAUAAA